AUGGAAACCGAGCUCAAUGGCUACGCAGACGAUUUACAGAAAUUACUGGAUUACGGAAUUUCACGUAAAGUUUCCAUGCAACUCAUCAAAAUUUAUAUAGCAGGAAAUUUGAAACCAUCCGAUCUAGAUGAACGAGCUCUAGAUGCUCUGAAAGAAUUCAAUGCUGACGAUGCCGUGGAAGUUUUAAAACAAUUCAACGAAAGUAAUCUAGAACAUGUCGGCAAUAAAAGUGCAUUCCUGUGCGGACAGAUGAAAACUUUCCGUCAAAAAUCGAAACAAGGAGCCCAAGCUCCAUUAGCUAAAGGUCCCGAUGAGGCCAAAUUAAAAGAAAUCUUGGAUAGAACGGGUUACACAUUAGACAUCACCACCGGUCAACGUAAAUACGGUGGACCUCCCCCUGAUGCAGAUGGUGUCCAGCCUGGACCAGGACACGAGGUGUUCGUGGGUAAAAUCCCGAAAGAUAUAUUUGAAGAUGAAUUAGUACCCCUCUUCGAGAAAGCCGGUAAAAUUUGGGAUCUGAGAUUGAUGAUGGAUCCCUUAUUGGGUCAAAAUCGUGGGUACUGUUUCGUUACUUACUGUGACAAGACCAGUGCGAAACAGGCAGUUAAAGAGCUGGAUGAUUACGAGAUUAGAAAGGGAAAGUCUUUAAAAGUUAAUAUCUCCAUUGCUAAUUUACGAUUGUUCGUUGGAAAUAUCCCUAAAAACAAGACAAAAGAAGAAAUUCAGGAAGAGUUUUCCAGGAGAACAGACGGACUACAAGACGUUAUUAUAUAUGGGUCUGCUGAUAAUCCAAAAUUGAAAAAUCGAGGAUUUUCAUUCCUUGAAUAUGAUUCUCAUAAAUCUGCGUCAACUGCCAAGCGGAAGAUCGGGUCUGGUAGAGUUAAAGUUUGGGGUUGUGACAUCAUCGUUGAUUGGGCUGACCCCCAGGAAGAACCAGAUGAUGAAACUAUGGAUAAGGUGAAAGUUUUAUACCUCAGAAAUUUGACAUCAGAAGUUUCCGAAGAUUCUUUAAAAGAAAAGUUCGAAGAAUAUGGUAAAGUUGAACGAGUCAAGAAAAUUAAGGACUACGCUUUCGUCCAUUUUGAGGAAAGAGAAUCCGCAGUGAAGGCAAUGGAAGCUUUAAAUGGACAGAAAAUUGGUAAUUUGGAGGUAGAGAUCUCACUAGCUAAACCACAGAAUGAAAGUAAGAAGAAAGAGGCGAGAAAACGAGAAUUUGAUAGAAGAUUUGGGGGUAGAGGUUAUGGAGGGUAG